GCAAACAUUUUAAGGUCUGUUUUUACAUACAAAUGAACCCCAGCCUUGGUGUGACAACUAGCCCCGGUGAUCAGUCGUGAAGCGCGUGAUGAUUCCGUGACUUGCGCAGGAGGGCGGUGAGCCUCGAGAGAGAACGAAGGAGCAGAAAACGAGCAUCCUUAAAUAACACCGUUUGGAGACGAGACACUGGAAAUAAUUCGCUUGUGAGAGAGUGAAUGACAUUGGUGCAUCAGCAUAUACAUAUACCAGGGAUACUGGGGCAAGUUGUCAGUAUUUCACCAGUAGGCCUACUCCAUCAUGUACUCUGAGGAGUGGAGCAGGAAUCGGCAGGGUAGGGAGAAGGCUGUGAUCACGAAUUUCAGCUUUAGUCAGCUGCCAGAGGAGGAGCAGAGGGGUAGGAUAAAACAUUACAGCACUCAUGACUCAGAGGAAUCCAUUCCUGAUGAUCGCUACCAUGGCAUCUACUUUGCUAUGCUGUUGGCUGGUGUCGGCUUUCUACUGCCAUACAAUAGUUUCAUCACUGAUGUGGACUACCUCCACCGCAAAUUCAAAGGCACCUCUAUUGUGUUCGACAUGAGUUUGACGUACAUACUGGUGGCUCUCAGUGCUGUUAUUGUGAACAACGCACUCGUGGAGAGACUGAGCUUACACACUCGCAUCUGUGUGGGAUAUCUAUUUGCAUUGGGACCUUUGGUGUUUGUGAGUGUGUUUGACGUUUGGUUGGAGCUGUUUGACACUCAGCAGUCCUAUGUUGUUACUCUGGCUGCAAUUGCCAUUGUUGCAUUUGGAUGCACAGUGCAGCAGUCCAGUUUCUAUGGUUACACUGGGAUGCUGCCCAAGAGGUACACACAGGGCGUGAUGACUGGAGAGAGCACUGCAGGAGUUAUUGUCUCUCUGAGUCGGAUUUUUACAAAGCUGCUGGUGGAAGACGAGAAGAACAACACCAUCAUCUUCUUCCUGUUCUCCAUCUCAAUAGAGACGCUCUGUUUUCUGUUACACGUGGUGGUGCGACAAACCCACUUUGUUCGUUAUCACACCGACAGAGCUCGUCACAGCCACAGCUGGCUCAAAGGACAGAUUAAUGUUCCGACACAAAAGCACAGUGGCUAUCAGAUACAUUAUGACAGCAGUGCAGAGGAAGAGGAUGGAGUGGUGUCAAGCACAGUUGAUGACGCUGAUGCAGUAAAUCUUGGAAACGGUUCCCAUGGAGAUGGAAUAUACGUCAGAUUUGAUGUACCCAAACCAGACACCAAAAGAACCUGGAUCAGUGUGAAGGAGCUUCUGGGUCGGAGGUGUGCUGUUUCUCGGAUGAUCUGGCCCUAUAUGCUCUCAAUCUUGGUGACAUAUUUCAUCACACUGUGUCUGUUCCCUGGUUUGGAGUCAGAGUUACGCAACGAUACACUUGGAGAAUGGCUGCCUAUUCUCACCAUGGCUCUAUUCAACAUGGCAGACUUUGUGGGCAAGAUCUUGGCAGCGUGUCCAUACGAGUGGGGUGGUGUGCAGCUGCUAGUCUGGUCGUGUUUGCGUGUUCUCUUCCUGCCUCUGUUUGUGAUGUGUGUGUCUCCUGUGCAGCACCCCCUGCUGGCACACCCAGCCUGGCCCUGCGGCCUCUCCUUGAUGCUGGGUAUCAGUAACGGAUACCUUGGCUCUGUACCAAUGAUACAGGCGGCCGGCAAGGUGCCACUUCAGCAGCGAGAAGUGGCGGGGAACACCAUGACUGUAUCAUAUAUGGCUGGACUGAUGCUCGGGUCUGCAGUGUCUUACUCCACAUACAGUCUGACCUCACAGGCACACGCUACUCACACGCUGAAACUCAACAACACACUCACAUUACACAGCUAUAUACCUGGCCACUGAGUGUCUCUCUCGCAUGUACACUGUUAAUUAUGUAAGAAUAAAGAACAUUUCCAAAGACUAUCCCUGCUGAAAACACCAUCUUAGACCAGAGUUGGCAUACUGGUCCAGGCUGGGUUAUGCAAGGAAAGUCCGUAUCCUGAAAAGUCUAUGUAUUCUGGUUUGGGACACCAGCAUAUUAGCAUUUCAUUCUGGGAACCAGCAUCCAAAACACAACAUAUGCUGGUGACCAGCUAUGCUGUUUUUUUCAUCAGGGAUGUUAGCUGUGAUAAAGUGUGUUGAGAUUCCAUUUGCAUAUAAUCCAAGACUGUCUUAAUAACCAUUAAAUUGUUAAAUAAAUUAAUGUAUAACUUUC